AUGGCUGCGCCCCCAGCGAUCCCGCGCCGCGGCCUCUUCAUCGGCGGCGGGUGGCGCGAGCCCACCCUGGGCCGCCGCAUCCCCGUCAUCAACCCGGCCACCGAGGACACCAUCGGUGACAUCCCGGCAGCCACCGCGGAGGACGUCGAGCUCGCCGUCGCGGCGGCUCGAUCUGCGUUCUUGCUCGAUGGCGGGAGCCGCUGGGCGCGCGCUUCCGGGGCGACGCGGGCCAAGUAUCUGAACGCGAUCGCCGCUAAGAUUAAAGAAAAGAUAUCGUAUCUGGCAUUGCUGGAGACAGUUGAUUCUGGAAAGCCCAAGGACGAAGCAGUUGCGGACAUGGACGAUGUUGCUGCAUGCUUUGAGUUCUAUGCUGGUCUGGCUGAAGCCUUAGAUGGUAAACAACAUGCGCCAAUCUCUCUGCCCAUGGAAGAAUUCAAGACCUAUGUUCUUAAAGAACCCAUCGGGGUUGUUGGACUCAUCACUCCCUGGAACUAUCCUCUGUUGAUGGCUACUUGGAAGGUUGCACCUGCCCUGGCUGCUGGGUGUACAGCUGUGUUAAAACCAUCUGAGCUGGCUUCUCUAACUUGCUUAGAGCUCGGUGCAAUAUGUGAAGAGAUAGGACUGCCUUCAGGAGUUCUGAACAUAAUUACUGGUCUGGGCCCUGACGCUGGUGCUCCAAUAGCUUCACAUCCCCAUGUGGAUAAGAUUGCUUUUACAGGAAGUACCGCAACUGGUAAGACGAUAAUGACCGCUGCUGCCCAAAUGGUUAAGCCUGUUUCAUUAGAGCUUGGUGGCAAAAGUCCUCUUGUUAUCUUUGAUGAUGUUGCUGACAUUGACAAAGCUGUUGAAUGGGCCAUGUUUGGUUGUUUUUUCAAUAGUGGUCAAGUUUGCAGUGCAACAUCUCGUCUACUUCUCCAUGAGAAAAUUGCAGAGUGA